AUGUCUUCUGCCUUUCAAAUGGAUAGUGUCGAGACCGCAUUAAAGGAUGCUCUGAAAGGUCCCACAUACGACGAAGUUCGAAGGAUUCUAUAUGGCAGAGAACAUAAGUCAAUCUUCGAGAAAAUUGUUGAUAUGAAUGUUUUAAUUUUUAAUCAAUUUCAGGUAAGGAUAGCAGCAAUACAAUUUUCCAUUGUGCUCCCUACGACGGCACCGGUAGAGGAGCAAAGAAAAGCGAUCCACAACAAGGCAUCCAAAAUGAUCGACGCUGCUGUUCUUGCAGGGGCCAAUAUGAUCUGUUUCCAUGAGCUCUGGACAAUGCCCUUCGCAUUUUGCACUCCCGCUAAAUACGGAAUUGUGAUUAUCUCAUCAAUUUUGGAAAGAGAUGAAGACAAGGACGAUGUACUGUGGAAUGCAGCUGUCGUCAUUUCACAUACUGGCAAGGUGAUUGGCAAAAGCCGAAAGAAUCACAUUCCAAGAAUCGGAGACUUUUCAGAGUCUACCUACUACAUGGAAUCUACACUAGGACAUCCAGUAUUCGAAACAGCUUUUGGUAAAGUCGCUAUCAAUGUUUGCUAUGGUCGCCAUCACCCUCAGAACUGGAUGAUGUACGCUCUGAACGGGGCUGAGAUUAUCUUCAAUCCUUGUGCAGAGGUCGUCGAGAAUGAGAGCGAGCCAAUGUGGGCAUUUGAAGCUCGUAGUGCAGCAAUUGCCAACCACUGCUUCACAGUGCCCAUCAAUAGAGUGGGAAAGGAAUCGUUUCCAAACGAAUUCACUUCAGGAGAUGCUCGUCCAGCUCAUAAAGAAAUCGGGAUGUUCUACGGCAGCGCCUACGUAGCAGCUCCUGAUGGUAGUCGGACUCCGGGACUUUCGCGGACAAGAGACGGUGUUCUCAUAGCUGAGAUCGAUUUGAACCUUUGCCGGCAAGCAAAGGAUAGCUUAUGCUUCAGGAUGACGCAAAGACUGGAUCUCUAUGCAAAAAGUUUCACAGCAGCCGCAGAUCCGAAUUACAAACCCGAUAUUCAUCGAGAGAAGUAG